AUGGCAUCUACCCCGCCUCAAAUACGGCAAGGACGGCCAGAGUCGCCUGACUCCGAUCUAAGCACCGCUUCUCCAGCCGGCAGCGAGCACAACCGGAGCUCUCACUUUGGCGAGGACGACUCCUUUGACGCAAACAUUCAGUCUCCUCAAUCUCCUCAGUCUCCUCAGUCUCCUCAGUCUCCUCAGUCUCCUCAGUCUCCUCAGUCUCCUCGGUCUCCUCGGUCACCUCGGUCUCCCCAAUCGUCUCAGCUCCUCUCGCCUCUUCAGCCAGUUCGCUCAACGCCCAUCGUCCCCAUUAUGGACAGCAACACAAGCAACUCAAGCGGCGGCCCGGACAGCGACGACGACAUGGCCAACAGCCCCAGUGACCACGGCAAUAACGCAGAGCCGACAGUCACCCAAUUCCAACAGGAUCAACAAAACCACUCCUCCUCCUUCCUCCCUGCCACAGUUUUCCAAGGCAGUAACAACAACAACUCACAGCGCCAGCAGCAGGUCAAGACUCCUGAGCCGCGCGACAACACCACCACUCCCACCAACGAACCCAUCACCACUACCAGUAACCUGAACAAUAACAACCUAGGCAACAACAACAGCAAUCUUGCCAGCCUCUAUCAGACCCUCAACCCGAUCAAAACCUCCAUCAACCCCACCCCUCGCAACAUCCUCGCCGCGCACGCUCUCUCGUCGCCCAGCACCCCAGGCACUCUACCAAACUUUGAUUGGGACGACUUCGUCACGCGCUACACCGAGUCCCUCUCGGCCGCCGACGCCCAGGAACAGGAACUCCUCGAAGAGUUCCAGCAGCUGGUACAGUACUUUAACGUGUGGGCGUCGUCCUCUUCGGCGCACGACACGGACCGCGCCGUCAAGCGUCUGCAGACGCGCGAGCGGUACGUGCGCCUUUCUGAGCAAAAUCUGGCGCAGAGGAGAAAGCACUUGACGGAGGUGGUGAGGGCUUUUCAGAGCGCGCUGGCGCUGCUGAGUCAGUCUUCUUGA